AUGAUCAGAAGUAAUGCUUUUAGGCAACAUGACAACUGUAAAGUUUGGUCCUGGUCUCAGACACGGUCACACGGUCAGUCUAGUCUAGAUACACUGAAGACAGACCACGGAGGUUGCACUUCAGAAGUGGCUGUUGGUUAUGUGCUUGAUAUUAUCGCUGAGGUAUCUUUUUGUAUUUUUCUGCCGGGGAUGGGCCAGAUUGGGAAGGGCGGUACGAGGGUGGGACUUGGUGUUGGUGUUUUGGAACAUCAAAGAUGGACAGGGUUUUCACGGAGGUUGCUUCUCAGAUAUCUCCACAAUUACAGAUCAGGGAUCUUCCAAAAUCGAGAAGAUUGGCGCAUAUGGCUAGGUCUCUUCACCUUACAAUUUGUAUGGCAAUCUGGCCCGGGGUUGUGGUGUGAUAGGGGAGAAUGGGGGAUAAUCCCACACAGGAGUUUCGAACAACGUCUGGUUCACGUUUGGCUGGAUAACUCCACCACCACACGGGGUAUGCGGUCGGCGAUGGGGUCAAAAUGCUCGUAUGAUCGAGGGCUUUUCGAUGGAUCUAUCGGCAGGUUCUUAUUCGAAAAAUCGAGCGAGUUCGUGGUGGAGCGGUUUGAUCAAUCUAGUGUAUUGAUGCAAGAGAUGCUUCCCAGCGGGAUUCACAUCAAGAAAUGUAUGGGAUCAGACCAAAUGAGAUCAAACAUGAAAUUCAUGGUCCCAGCGGCCAGUCUAGCUACUAGCGGCCCGGUGCCAUUUCAAAUACAGGGAGAACUCUAUCACCUGCAAGAACUGUUAGAGCCUGAGCCAGCUUUACCAGUUCAUAUGAGAGAUACUACAGAACAGCUCUGCCAUGCAUGUCAGUUUGAACCCUUUUCUACAGCUGAAGGCAGGCAAUGA